UAAAGCAGUUUCCCUCCGGCAUGGUGUGUUUACAACACAACCCAACAAUCCUGCCGAGGAUUCACCAGAGGCCAGUGAGGCAACACCUCUGUGGGUACAGAUUAUGCCAAACUAUUUUGGCUGGAGGGAAAUCUGAGCUGGUGUCGCCCCCUGAGUUCACCUUGUGGCCGUUGAUGGACAAUCCCUAUGAAGAAACAGGAUUACAAUGGGACAGAGUACCUCGGAACAAGAGGUCCAGGGAGACAACCCAGAGGACGGGUUUAAUAACUUCAAGUCAUUUGUGGAGGAGGAACUUCAGACGAGCAUGAUGGUGGGGAUGGUGAUUGGCGCAGGCAUCGCCAUAGUCCUCAUCGCCAUCCUCAUCUUCUUCGUAUUGCGGAGAAUUCAGCUUCGAAACCUCGAAGCUCAGGAGGCUCCCAAAUACCGCUUUCGCAAGAGGGACAAAGUCAUGUUCUACGGGCGGAAGAUCAUGCGCAAAGUCUCACAAUCUACCUCUUCCUUGGUGGGUACCGCCUCGUCCUCUCGGCCACGCCUCAAGAAGAAGCAGAAGAUGCUCAACAUUGCCAAAAAGAUCCUGCGCUUUAAGAAGGAAGUGCCCAUUCUACAAGCCAAGGAGCCCCCUCCCUCGGUGCUGGAGGCGGACCUCACUGAGUUUGACGUGGCCAACUCCCACCUCCCCUCCGAGGUGCUGUACAUGCUCAAAAAUGUCCGAGUUCUGGGUCACUUUGAGAAGCCGCUCUUCCUUGAACUCUGUAAACACAUGGUGUUUGUGCAGUUCCAACAAGGGGAGUACGUCUUCAGGCCGGGCCAGCCUGACAGCAGCAUCUACGUGGUUCAGGACGGGAAACUAGAAUUGUGCCUUACUGGAACGGACGGCAAAGAAAGUGUGGUGAAAGAGGUUUACCCUGGAGACAGUGUCCACAGCCUCCUCAGCAUCCUGGAUGUCAUCACAGGCCACCAGAAGCCUUACAGAACGGUGUCGGCCCGGGCUGCAGAGGUUUCCACUGUUCUCCGUUUGCCCGUUGAAGCCUUCCUCGCUAUAUUCGAGAAGUACCCAGAGAGCCUGGUGCGGGUCGUCCAGAUUAUCAUGGUUCGUCUUCAAAGAGUAACAGUCCUGGCUCUACACAACUAUCUGGGGCUCACCAAUGAGCUCUUCAGCCAUGAAAUGCAGCCCUCGCGUCUGCCACCCCCGUCUCCCCACCCGACUCGCACCAGUCCCAUCCGCCAUGGCAAGCGCUUUGGCAGCCUGACGGUGUCUGAGGAGCAACGGGAGGCCGCCAUCAAGGGAGAAGCUGCAGGAGGGGAACAAGGGAAGGAUGGAGCGACAGUGCCAACUCUUCUUCGAACCAUCUCCAUGCCUGUGGACAUUGCAGGUAUGCAGAAAAGUCUGAGGUCGGACUUUGACAUGGCGUAUGAAAGGGGGCGGAUCUCUGUCUCUGCAGAGGACGGAAACACUCCUCCUACUUUCACCCGGUCGACGUCUCAGGACCAGCGGGAGAGGAAGGUGACGGUGGACGAGGUCCCCUCAGGGAUCUAUCUGUACCCCGAGGAGGACACGGGAGUGGACAAUAUCUUCUCUCCAGUUUCCAGUCGCGCUAACGUCGCCCUGUUUGAGGAAGCGCAGAAAGAAAUCCUGAAGCUCAUGAAUAUCGAGGACCCAGCCUUGUUGAAUGGGAAAGUGACUCUGCAUCAUGCAAAAGCCGGAGCAGUCUUAGCCCGACAGGGAGACCAGGACGUGAGUCUGCACUUUGUCCUUUCCGGUUGUCUGCACGUCUACCAGCGGAUGAUUAACAAGCAGGAGGCCGUGUGCUUGUUUGUGACCCACCCAGGGGAGAUGGUGGGGCAGCUCGCUGUGCUGACGGGAGAGCCUCUUAUCUUCACCAUCAAGGCCGUCAGAGACUGUACUUUCCUCAAGAUCUCCAAGUCAGAUUUUUACGAGAUCAUGAGGGAGCAGCCCAGUGUGGUGCUGAGUGCAGCCCACACGGUCGCCAUCCGCAUGUCCCCCUUUGUCAGACAGAUGGACUUUGCUAUUGACUGGAUGGCUGUGGAGGCCGGCAGAGCCCUCUACAGACAGGACGACCAGUCAGACUGCACCUACAUUGUUCUGAACGGGCGUUUACGUUCAGUCAUCCGCAAGGCGAACGGCAAGAAAGAACUGGUGGGGGAGUACGGACGAGGAGACCUGAUCGGAGUGGUGGAAGCCUUGACCAGACAGCCGAGAGCCACCACGGUCCACGCCGUGAGAGACACCGAGCUGGUCAAACUCCCCGAGGGAACCCUCAACAACAUCAAGAGACGAUAUCCUCAGGUGGUGACGCGUCUGAUCCACCUGUUGGGACAGAAGAUUCUGGGGAACCUGCAGCAGGGCCGCGGGCCGUUCUCAGGUUCAGCCCUGACCAGCGCCGAUGUCACCAACCCCGCCAGCAACCUCUCCACGGUGGCUGUCCUGCCCGUGUGUGACGAGGUGCCAAUCAACGCGUUCAACCUGGAGCUCAGCCACGCCCUCAGUGCCAUCGGUCCCACUCUGCUUUUGACCAGUGACAUAAUCAGAGAGCGGCUGGGAGCUUCUGCUUUGGACAGUAUCCAUGAGUAUCGUCUCUCCGGCUGGCUGGCCCAGCAGGAGGAUAUUAAUCGGAUUGUCCUGUACCAGACGGACAACAGCAUGACCCCGUGGACUCAGCGCUGCAUCCGCCAGGCUGACUGCAUCCUCAUUGUCGGCCUGGGUGACCAGGAGCCUGCCCUGGGAGAGUUGGAGCAGAUGCUGGAGAACACAGCAGUUCGGGCUCUGAAGCAGCUGGUCCUUCUGCACAAAGAGGACGGGCCGGGCCCCUCCAGGACGGUGGAAUGGCUCAACAUGCGUAGCUGGUGCUCCGGCCAUCUGCACCUCAAGUGUCCCCGCAGGGUCUUCUCCAGACGCGGCCCCAACAAACUAAGGGAGGUUUACGAGAAGGUGUUUGAGAAGACGGCAGACAGGCACAGCGAUUUCUCUCGGCUGGCCCGAGUCCUGACCGGAAACAGCAUCGCUCUGGUGCUGGGAGGAGGCGGAGCCAGAGGCUGCUCUCAUGUGGGUGUGAUCAAAGCUAUGGAGGAAGCUGGGAUUCCUAUCGACAUAGUGGGCGGGACCUCAAUCGGCUCAUUCAUUGGUGCGCUGUACGCUGAGGAGAGGAGCGCCGUCAGAACCAAACAAAGAGCCAGGGAGUGGUCGAAGGCUAUGAACUCGGUAUUUAAGACCGUGCUGGACCUGACGUAUCCCAUCACCUCCAUGUUCUCCGGCUCUGCCUUCAACACCAGCAUCUAUAAAGUGUUCCUGGACAAGCAGGCCGAGGACCUGUGGCUGCCGUACUUCAACGUCACCACUGACAUCACAGCGUCAGCCAUGAGGGUUCACCAGGAUGGUUGCGUCUGGCGCUAUGUUAGAGCCAGCGCCUCCUACACCCCCUAUUUACCUCCCCUGUGCGACCCCAAGGAUGGCCACUUGCUUGUGGAUGGUUGCUAUGUUAACAAUGUCCCAGGCUCUCUGUGGCGCUAUGUGCGAGCGAGCAUGACCCUCUCGGGGUAUCUGCCGCCUCUCUGCGACCCCAAAGAUGGCAACUUGCUAAUGGACGGUGGCUACAUCAACAACCUGCCAGCCGACAUUGCAAGGAACAUGGGUGCAAGAACGGUCAUCGCCAUCGAUGUGGGUAGCCAAGACGAGACUGACCUCUGUAACUAUGGCGACAGCCUGUCCGGCUGGUGGUUGCUGUGGAAACGGAUCAAUCCCUGGGCAGAGAAAGUGAAGGUUCCAGACAUGGCAGAGAUCCAGUCUCGGUUGGCCUACGUGUCCUGUGUGCGUCAGUUAGAGGUAGUGAAGAAGAGUGCCUACUGCGAGUACAUCCGGCCACCAAUCGACCGCUUCAAGACCAUGGACUUCGGCAAGUUUGACGAAAUCUACGACGUGGGCUUCCAGCACGGCAAGUUGUUGUUCACUGGCUGGGCUCGAGGCGACAUCAUCGAGAACAUGCUGAAGGAUCACCGCUCGGCCGACUACAAUGAAAGCAAGAGAGCUGAUUCCUGCACGUGUCCAGGAGCCGACUUCACUGACCUCGCAGAGAUCGUAUCCAGGAUUGAACCGGUCCAAAGCUAUGUCGCUGCAGAAGCGGAGGAGUCGGACUGUCUGACGGAGUACGAGGAAGACGGGAUGGACACGGUGAGAGAGGAGGAGGGGGAGGAGGAGGAGGAAGAGGCAGAGGAUGCUGAGGAUCACUCCCCCGGAGAGUGGGGCCAGAACGGAGUCUUUCAAACGGAUGAGGAAAAAUGUGUGAGACAGCGCAGGAAGUUCACCAGUGACACGUCUGAAGUCUCCGACUGCUGACAGCGGGCCGUGGAGGAGGAGAGGGAGUUCAAACGAGAGUGAGGGCCAAAUAAAGGGUCCGAGGCGGUCCGAGGCUGGAGACGUGAAUACCACACUGGACUCUUUCAACUUCUGAGACUCUUUAAAAAGAACUUUCACUGGCUUCAUCGUUUCACAAGCUGAAAUACCACACACACAGGUUUCCUCUCAUCGCUUUUUACACCAGACUGAAUCAUUGCCAGAAUCCCUGCCUGCCAACUCCCGAACCUGCCAAAACCAGUUCUCAAACAAAAAAAACCCCACAACCAAACAGGGACGCUUUCGAUCUUCACGUUCACUCAGAAGGACCGAGCCUCCGAGUCCCAGUCUGUGUCGCUGCUUCUCUCUUUCAUCGCACUCCUCUCUUUGUUUUUAAUAAUAUAGUCGAUGAAUUGAUGACGCUCGCUGUUCAGACGAGUGUGAGCUGCCUGAGUGCUGGGAGGAGAGUGUGCUUUGAUUUGUUGAAAUAGAAACAGGAAACGCAGAGGCAAAGUCAGAAAUGAAUCAAAUAGAUCCGUUCAAGGUGGUUUAGUUUAGAAGUAGAAGAAUGGAAGAGAAGUGGUUCCCAAAUCUUUCCUUGGGUUGCGAUAUACCCCCCCAAACUUCUUCUUAUCUGUAGAAUUAACUUUGAACAGUAGCUGCUUACAGACUGUAAUCACUCCCUCAACAGCGCUCGCUGUAACAAAGUUCUGUCGUCUCUCCCCCUUUGUGUCUCUGUGUGUCGUUUUAAAUUGGGGUAAGGCCUGUGAGGCACGCUGUGUGAACACACACACACUCCAACGCCUUCACCCAGACGUCCCUACUCCGUGCGUGCAGACGAGGUCUUGGACAAAUGUCUGCAAAUAAAGAGUUGCAACUCAAGGUUUGUGACAAAUAACUGAACAAACUAACUUUUACUAUAGAAGGUGCAGCCGCUGCAAAAAAAACCUUCAGAGGGCGCCUGUGGAGUGAGCGAGGCUGCGUGUGCAUACGGGCGACCAAAUAAAAUAAGUGUGGAAAAAUACAUUUGAACAUAUGAAGAACUCUCGCUGUAGCGUCGCUCCUAGAAGAGGAGGUGGAAAUGUCAUAAGCGGAGGUAAAGCCUCCUACUUGAUAUGAUAUGACGUGACAUUGACGAGCGCUGCGACUCCGCGUCUUGAAAAACUUGUCGUGCGGCAGCAGAGAAGAGCGCCCGGUGAGCGCUGUACCAGAGGAAAACAACAGACUAGCUGCCGAUGCUUUUCCAGCGACGGGCCUCUGAGUAAUCGGGCCCUUACGCAUCUUCUACAUGUUUUAAUCGUGAGAGCUUACGUUGCUUUUGAUCGAUUUUCUCAUCACUGAAUCUGAUACGACGUCUCUGAAGCUCGUCACUUCAUGCUGUCGAGAGCUAACGCUAACUGAGUCACCAUAACGUUCAUUCUGCAGUCCUUCUGCACAAUUGGCCCUCUUUGCCAGCAGUGCAGAGCUGACUGCAUUGUUUUUGUUAAGCCUCGCUGCGCCCCCGACAUAACUUCAGACCCCCCUCCCCUCAGUUUGGGAAUCACUGAAGUAGAGAAUCAGGCAGGAAGCUUUAGGAGAAAUAGAUUUUCACGUAGAAUCUAAAGUAGACAGAACGGAGCUGGACCGGUAUUGUGACGAUGACUGAACACUGAAGGAUUUUAACGGCGGUUAAACAAGAACAACGGAGACGUUUAAAUUUAAAGUUAACGGACACUAGGAGAGAAAGAGAAAGAGCGUGAUUUUCUCUCGGCGGACUAAAGGAUGACAGAACAUGAAGAACAUGUGUGGGGGUGAAUGAGAUGAUUUUAAGUGUGUGUGCGUGUGUGUGCGUGUGUGUGUGUGUGUGUGUGUGUGUGUGUGUGUGUGUGUGUGUGUGAGCGCGCGUGUGUGUGCAUGGAGUUGUGUUUUGCGUGAGAUGAAGACGAUGCCUUUUCAACCAGUGUUAUAGAUCCACUCGCAGAGAGCCGUGAGUGUGGAGAGGAGCGACCACUUCACCGACACUACAAACAGGUGUGAACAUCCAGAGGUCACGUGCUGACCUCGAGGUUCAGGUGUGUGUCACUGAGUCUCAGCAACUGCAGAUGAAGAAUAAUAAGUCAGAACGCCAAGUCAUCCUUCACCUCGUCCUGUAACUUUAACACUGUAACUAACAUGGACCUCUUCUAGAAAUGUAAGGAGAUUAAAUAAUGAUACACAUGAUGUUGAUAUUGAUAAAUCUGUAUAUGAGGUGUAGAUUGGUACGUUGAUGCUUCGCUGCAGAACAAGAGGAAAAGAUUUCCCCUCUUCCAUCCUGCUUUGUUUUAUUUAUGUGUUAACUCGGCUUUUUAAAAACUGCUUUUCUUUUCUGUUUUUUUUUUAAUUGUGUUUGGGGAGAGGGUGUGGUCUAAUUUAAAUAACUUGGCUUUAGCUGUUUUGCACUGAAACAUUUGAAGUGUUCUCUGCUCCGAGUGUGUUUGGUGAUUGUUUGCCAACAUCCUUGAGAUGUCACGGGAAUCUAAAGACUAAAAAAAACAGAUGAUUUAAUACGCAUAUUGGAAAAUAAAUAGAAUAUGCAUCACUUCA